GGCAACUGUCGCCCGCCUCCGGCGAAGACUAAGCUGCCGGGGGCUUUCCACCGCACUGGCCCCACAUGUGAGGGUGUGAGUGGCGGCGGCCGCUUCCCCGCCCCCAGAGCAAGGCCCCAUACCACUUCACGCGCAGCAGAGCGAGAGCCCUGCCCAGUAAGAGAAGAAGCUGCCCUCUGAGACGGGGAUGCAGAAGAGAGAGGAAAAGACCACCAAUAUUGUUUUAGUUGUGGACCAUCUUGAUCCAGUUUGCUUGAAGAUACCAGGGUUCUGGAGGAGUGAUCCAAUCUCAUUCAUUUCCUCUGAUGUCAUACUGGAAAGAUUAGGAUAUCCAAAGAUGUUUGACCUUUCAUCGGUAAAUGGAAUUUUAUUACCAUCUAAACGCCACUCUAAGCCUAAGUAAAUAAGCUGAAACGGAAGAAGAUGUUAAAAACUUUAAGCAACCAUCAGAGUAAUCACAGUAAUGGAUCUCUGUCAGAAAAAUGAGACAGAGUUAGAAAAUGGUGAAAAUAAUCAAAUUCCAAGCACAGAAGAACCUGAAUUAAACUGUACUUAUUCAGAUGAAAGAAAGGAAAAGAACCAUGUUUGUUGUCUCCUCAAUAUCAGUGACAUUACGCUUGAACAAGAUGAAAAAGCCAACAAGUUUGUUAUCGGAACUGGAUGGGAAGAAGCAGUUCGAGGUUGGGGAAAGACUUCUCCAACUGCUUGCCUUUGGCCCAGAAAGAAACGUAAGAAGGCGAAGGUGGGAGAAGGUGUCAGCGGCUGCUUACUGUGUGUCAGUCUCUCCCAAGGGACCCCCGAGGCUGGGCCUCAGACUGAGGCUGGAAGCCUGGAGUCAAGGGCUCUGGCUGAGGCAGGCUCGGAGGAGGAUCCAGGUGGCCCCUCCCAGACUCAGCUCCCCACUGGCUGCCCCACCACUGCCUCCAGGAAUAUUAGCAAGAUGUGCUCUCCCUCUCAUAGUCCGGGAGAGAAAAAAUGUCUGCAAAUAAAGGAGUUUUUUUGGUGCAUGGAAGAGUGGGCCAUCCCAGAGACUGGUAGGGACCAAGACUCCAACAGCAGGACUGAUCAAGGUCCCUCCAUCUCAAACUCACUGAAUUCCAAGGCCCUUUUAGUUCUCCCCCCCCUGAAUUCUUCAGCCCCACAUGGCUCGGAUGUUCAGGUUAAGAAGAGUAAGAACUCGCUCGUGCAGCCAGAAGAGAAGGUGCUGAGUGUGGAAAAGGAUGAGUGUGUGGCUUGUGCAUAUGGAUUGAAAAUGGUUGAAGGGAAAGAUGGAAAGAGACCCUUUGAGCUGGCCAGUCACCUUAAGGUCAGCUGCAUGCAGCCUUUUCCUUCACCAAUGGUUGGGACAAACCUCCUGGCCAAUCCAGAACUGGGCAGCUUGCACUGGUCCCUCCUGCCUAAGAAAAACCUGAUGUGCCCUCCCAAUCCCAAUAGUGUUCACUGUCUCAGGACUAUGCAGCUUUUGCAAAAACAGAAAGAGCAAAGCUACAAAGCCAAAUUCAAAGCCAGGGAGCUGAGACCUCCCAUGAACACCCAAAAGUGCAUUCUCAAAGAGGCCACGCAGGAAAACAGGCCCCAUCCAUUGGAGACCAAUGUGUUUCCGAGACCUCUCUUGCCAUCACUCACAGUGAGCAGAGUUGUUAUUCCCACCUCCACUCACAGAUUCCUCUGAAUUGCCACAAUAUAAUUUCCUGGGAAUAAGCACCUUUGGAAACUCAUUCAUUCUCUUUCUCCCUUACCCCCACCCCAUUCUCUUCUAGUUUCU